AUGACUGUUCAGAUCGCUGACGAGGUCGAUGAUCAUGUUGUUAUGAAGGACGGCCUUCUUAUUUCUAAGGAGGAUAAGGAAUAUCAUGAUUACAUGGAUUCACUUUAUCAAAAGAUCGGUGGCCAGAAGAAACAAAUCACAUGCCCAACAGAAAGAACAUUAUCUGUUGCUCACCCAUGGCAUGGCGUUCCAAUCGGCCCAUCAUAUCCAGAUAUUGUAUCAGCUGUAAUCGAAAUCCCAGCUUUAUCUCGUGUUAAAACAGAACUUGAUAAGCCAUCUGGUCUUCUCAAGGUCGACAGAAUUCUCCACUCAUCAGUUAUCUAUCCAGCUAACUACGGUUUCAUUCCAGAAACACUUGCAGAAGAUAAUGACCCACUUGAUAUUCUCGUCCUCUGCCAGCUUUCUGUUCCACCGCUUUCAUUGAUGAAAGUCAGACCAAUCGGUAUUAUGCCAAUGGUUGAUGGUGGAGAUCCAGAUGAUAAGAUCAUCGCUGUUGCAGUUUCAGAUCCAGAAUACAACAUUUACUACGAUGUUAGCGAGCUCCCACCAUUCAAGCUUCUCAUGAUCAACCAAUUCUUCAACGAUUACAAGACUCUUGAGCGCAAGGAAGUCCGCACAUUCAAACCAAUGGGUGCUGGCCACGCAAAGAGGAUCAUCAAGCAAUGCUAUGAUAUGUAUCAUACACACUUCAAGGUUGAUGCUCCAAAACAAUAG